AUUCUCUUUGGAAGCUGCUGACACUACGACGCCAGACCACGUCACCGACACUGCUGACGCUAUGGCUACUUCGUCUUCAACGAACCCUCCACAAACUGACAUCAACGCGCAAGAUCCCACCAGCCUCCUUUUGCCCAUUGGUCCUGGAGGUGUUCUUGUUAAUCUUGAGACAGCUGACUUCCACCUUUCUUCACUGCACCACCGCGCGAAGAAUGGACUUGUUGAGACGUGGGCACAAGUCGGCAUUGGUUCUACCGCAGUUGGUUCCACUCCUACACGAUCGCUUGGGACCAUCCGGAGGAUGACCAACAUCCCUACACGAGAUGGCAUGACUUUCACUAUGGAAGCCUUCCCAUUUGGGAAGCUUGUGAUCGUUGGGAACAUGCUGUCUAUGAACAGGAACAACGGCUUAUGGCACAACAACAGCGUGCUCCCUUGGAUUCUCAUCCUCGGGGUGUGAAACGUCAAGCAAUCGAAAAUUUGGAGAAUGAACGUUUGGAUCUUUUGGUGCAGAAUCUGGUUCAACGGUUCACUGACCUCGAAGUUUCUGGUAAUCCUGAACUUCGAAGCCUCACUCCUGAUCUGCAGCGUCAGCUUGUUGAUGGUUUGAUCCACAACCUCUCCAGGUACCAGCAGGAUUUGAGCGCCGCUGCGGUUGCGUGGCCCAGCUUUCGGCUCCACGUCGGGGACCCUCUCAGGCUGCAGGCCCCUCCCAGGCUGCUGGCGCGGACACACCUCUUGAUCCUACUGUACCAGCCACGGACGUUCCAGUACCGAGCUCAGGAUUCGGGAUCUAUGUUGUUGACGUCCUCUUCGAUUUCCUCCACCCCCUACGUAUCUCCUCCAUACCCCAACACCGCAGAGGACCACGCCUGAUUGCCUGAGUGCCACAAUUUGUAUGUCUUUG